ACCUUCAAGAAGAACUAGUUCAUGGAACAGUGAUUGUUGACAACGGCGCUUCUACUAUAAAAAUUGGUUCAAGUGAUGCUGAUAUACCUAGAAUAUUCCCGAAUGGAGUGUUCAAAGUCAAAAGUGAGCGACGCAAAGUUUUUGUGGCGGAUGAAAUUGACGAAUGCAAAGAUUAUUCUGGUCUAUAUUAUCUCUUACCUUUUCAAAAGGGCUUGCUUCUUAACUGGACAGUGGAAAAACAAGUGUGGGAUUACGUUUUUGGCAAAGAUGCCAUGAAGGUGGAGUCCUCUGAAUCUGACAUUCUUGUUACUGAGCCAUGUUUUAAUUUUGCAUCAAUCUCGGAUGCUAUGGAUGAAAUUCUGUUUGAAGAAUACGAUUUUCGAUCUCUUUGUCGGAUUUCAGCUGCUGAGCUAAGUUCAUACAAGUUUGUAAAUGAGGAUCCUGAUGCUCGUUUGGUCUGUCUUGUUGUUGAUUGUGGUUACUCAUUUACACAUAUUGUACCCGUUUAUCAAGGAAAGAUCCUUAAGGAAGGUGUGCGAAGAAUGAAUAUUGGUGGGAAAAUGUUGACAAAUCAUUUGAAGGAAAUUAUAUCGUAUAGACAACUUCAUGUGAUGGAUGAGACAUAUGUUGUUAACCAGGUCAAGGAAGAUGUUUGUUAUGUGUCACAAGAUUUUUAUAGCGAUAUUGAAAUGGCAAGGAGAAAAGGAAAAGAAAACAAAAUCAUUCGAGAUUACGUUCUUCCAGAUUAUACCAAUAUAAAACGUGGUUAUAUUAAACCUGUUGAAGAAAUGUGGGAUAAAUCAAAAACGAACGAAAACGAGCAAAUGAUUAGAAUAAACAUUGAACGUUUCUCUGUCCCUGAACUUCUGUUUCAUCCCUCAGAUAUUGGUGUUCAGGAAAUGGGACUUGGUGAAGCCAUAGUUAAUUCAAUUGAGGCAACUCCUCCUGAAAUGCAGCCUCAUUUUUACAUCAAUAUUCUCCUCACUGGUGGAUGCUCUCUUUUUCCUGGGUUUAAAUCGAGAUUAUGUGCUGAAAUACGAGCACUAGCUCCAGUUGAGUUCGAUGUUGUGGUGCACUUAACAUCUGAUCCAAUAACAUAUGCGUGGCAAGGAGGAAAGAUCUUGUCUCAUACGGAGAGUUUCUCUGACAUGUUGGUAACAAAAACUGAAUACCAAGAGCACGGAAAGAAUUUUUGCAGGAACAAAUUUGGCGAUUCAAGGUGAAAGUGUAGUGACAAAUAAUGGCGCAACCCAAAUAAAAAAGUACAGAGGAUUGUUCAGCACACUACUCACUGUUGCUCGAGAGGAGGGUGUACGAAGUCUAUAUAGUGGUCUGGUGCCUGCAAUUCAUCGCCAACUGGCAUUUGCCAGCAUAAGAAUAGGUUUAUAUGACAAAGUAAAACAGUUCUAUGGUGAUGAUGGUACUGGAAAUAGCACAAAAAUUUUGACAAAAAUUUGUGCAAGCAUAACAACAGGAACAUUAGCUGUGUCUUUGUUUCAAUGUACUGAUGUUGUUAAAAUUCGUAUGCAAGCCAGUGGUGUACUAAAUCCUCGGUAUUCGGGAGCAUUGAAUGCAUAUUAUACAAUAUUUAUGGAUGAAGGAGUUAAA